AUGGGUAACUGUUUUUUCAGGACAGAUCAGAAGCCUUCUGAAAGAACACAGACAUUUUCAUUUGGCCUAACAAACUUCACUAUGCACUUCCAUGCAAUAAUGCAUGCAUCAAUUUUUGACGAAAGCUGUAGUGUCUUUGUUAGAUUUGCUGUUGACAAUCUUGGUGGUUGGAAAAGUAGAAAACAUGAACUGUUUCCUAUCAGUAAACACAAAAAUGGUAAUAUCGAGGUUGAGGGUAUAGUUUCUGUUCCAAGAGGCUUCAUAGAGAGAGGAAUGCAAUAUAGAUAUUUUAUUGUUUGUGGAAAUGAUGAACAACAAGAGUUUAUCUACAAUCAGAAUGAUAAUUUGAGAUGGUUUUAUGUAACUAAUAAACAACUGAAAAGUUUGAAUGAUGUUUUUCAUCAGUAUGAUGGUGUAAUCAGAGGAUUUGAAGUUAAAGAGGGUUUUACAAACUACAUUAAAUAUGUGACUGGAUAUGAAAGUAGUCAAUAUAGAAAGCUACUAUUGGAAGAUGCCAGUCAAUCAGCUAGUACCUUCCUUCCAUCAUGGCAAACUACAACAUUGCCGGCUGGUCUUACUGGUGAUGAUAUGAUUAUGAGAAUAAGCUUACUAUACAGAGGACUAAAGUAUGGCUACUGCAAAAAUACAAAGGCCUUGUCAGAGCAUGACCUGAAGACUUUUUUCUCUGAAGCUAUUAGGUCUGGACUUGACACAUUAUGGACAGAAUUCAUCAGCAAAAGAGAGUUCAGUGAAGAAAACAGAAUGAAAAUUUUUUUGAAUGCAGUCACUGUAGCAUAUUUGUUCAAGGAGUAUGCUUUCCCACUUAGCAGUGACGAAAAGAGUGCUCUGAGUGUAGCAUUACUUCCAGAGAAAGAAAUGUCGGGACAAAGCAAUUGCAUUGAAAACAUGAAAGAAGUGUUUCCACAGUCAUUUCAGAAAAUUCAAUGGGCUUUGCUAAAUGUUGUGGUCAACAAUACGUCCUUCAGUUGGCUCUGUUGUAUGCCAUUGAUACAUUUUUUGGUGAAUCAGUGUUAUCCUGGUGAAAAGCCUAAUGAAGAUACACAACAUGACUUUAGUAGACCAUACUGGUGGGGCAUAGCAGACAGAUAUAACGACCAUUACAUGCUUAAGUUGAAAAAUUUCAAGGAAAAGAAUGUGGAGAAUGAAUUACUUCAAGACAUGUUAGAGAGAUUGGUUCCAUAUUUUGAGAUGGAUUACCUUCUUCCAAGAGCACUGAUGGCGUCAUUGAAUCUUGAACAAUUGCCUGUAGUUGCAAAGACUGGUCAUAUUUCAACUGACAUUAUACUAGCUUCAGUGUGUUAUUAUGUGAAAGAAGAUAACAAAAUUUCCAAAAAUGAUCAAAAGGAAACAGCCAUUAUAGAAUGUUUGACAGUUGUUAAAAGCAAGUUCUGUGAAGAGAAUAAUGAAAAAUCAAUGGACUAUCUAACAUGUGCAUGGAGGUCCUUCAUGAUUGCUUCAGAUGUUUUGAAGUGUAUGAAAGACCGUAAAAACAAACUGACAGAUAAUGUAAUGAUUCUUGCUUUAGAUGCUUUCCUGAUUUCAUUGCAUGUGUACUGUACUGUCAAGGACUCUUUUGAAGAAUCUGCUGAUAAACCUGCUGGUUUUGGGAGUUAUGACACAACUUUUAAGGUUGUUCAGUAUGGUAUAAGAUCAUGGUUAAAUGAUAAGAUGAAUCAGAGCAAAAACAACGAACUUUUGGCUUGUCUGAAGUCUUGGGAUAGAACUCUGAAUGUUGCAGUACCAGCAGGAUUAAUAAAAGAUCAGUUUACAACUUUUAUUGCGGGAUCACUUCAUGAUGUAUUGAAAUAUAAGAGUUUUGAUGAGGAGUUGGUGAGAGUGUACUGUCAAAAUCAGAGUACUUUCUGUGAAGCAAUGCUGGAAGUUCUAACCAAAUAUGCAUUUGAUGCUGUUGUCAACUGUAGCAGACAAUUAAGUAUAGGGAAAUGGAAGGAAGGACAGUUAAAGAAUUUCGGAAAACUGUUGUCAAUUGUUUUUGAAAAGCAUAUAACUCAAGACAUUUCAAAAGAUUUCACAUCACUAUUACAGUUUGUGCUGACUUGGAAUCCAUUUCCACUCUAUGUGAAAAUGUACAAUAACAAUGUGCAUGCUUCAUUUCUCAGUGAAAGCUGUGUAGAUUUAAUGAAAGAGUUUCAGAAAUCAAUAAAAUCUGUUGUCCAAGGAAUAUGUGAUAGAAGUAUUACAAUGGGACAUCUUCAGAUAAUUGAAGAGAAGCAAGAACAUUUCAUAAACAUUGUGAAAGAUAUACCGGAAAUGGACUCAAAAGGAUUGAAAAGAAGAAUAGAGCUCAGAACUGCUGAUAUGAAUGCAUUUUAUGAUUGUAGGAAGAACCUGAAUCAUUUUAUUGACAUCUGUCACCGUUCAGAAGUAAACACAUUUGACAUAGAAGAGCAGAUGAAAAAACUCCAUGAUUUUGAAGAUAGACCUUUGAAAGAAAUCUGUGCUGAAGUAGAUGUACCUAAAGAUGUAAGGAAAUAUAAACCAAGGAUAAUUGCAUUUGAAAUAAAUGCAGAAAUUUUAGAAGCUUUGCCAGAAAUCAUACGUUGUUCCAAUGGAAAUUUGUUUAUAAAGAUGUGGGAUAAAUGUGCAGUAGAAGUGAGGAAAAGAUUUGACCAUGCUCUUAGCAUAGAUGAGAUAAUGGAACAUGUAUGGAAACCAGCAUGCAAGGAAUGGAAAGCUUUACAUCAGCGAUUAAAAACAGGGGAAAUUUUCUUCAGAGAAUUUGAUAGUCUUUGUGGUCGCAUGGACCCAGAAGCAUUGAGAAAAGAAUUUCUCAUUCUUGAAGAUGGUAAAAAAAGUUCUUGGAUAAAAGAAAGAAUUGAACAAAUGACAAGAUACAAAAAUUUACAGAAUUGUCUGGAUGGAGCAUCUAUUAUAAUGGAGGUUGUGGAAGAAUUUGAGCUAGAAGGAGAUUUCCAACCAAUCAGACAAAUUAUGCGAAUGACUAAAGGCAAAGAUACAAAGAUGAACCAUUUGAAUAAGUCCUACCUUAAAACUUGCUCAGUGUUAAGUAAUGUAGAUGAACAAAAGGUCAAUUGUCUUAAGAGGUUUAUGGAAAGUAAAAAUCUUGUAAAUUGGUUGAAAGAGAAAAUGGAUGAUUUACAAGAGUUGAAAGUGUUUGUGGACCUAGCUUACAUAUCCACGGGAGAUAAAGGAUUAGAAAUAGCAAAAGUCAGAUGUUUACAGUCAGCAGCCAUUGGAUAUGCUCCACUGAUUUUCAACUUGGAGGCCAAUUGUGAUUACAAAGAUUUCUUAGAAAGAUGUGAAGAAGUUUGGAAAGCAUUGCAUUCUAAUCCUAAUCUUCCAACUGAACUUCUGGAUACAUGUCAUGAAUUAGAAUGGUUGAAAAUAGUUGACAAAUCCCAAGGUUCUGUUGAAGUUACCUCCCUUGCACAAGCUGAAGCUAUCAACUUAAAUGGAACAUAUCAUAUAGGACUUCACAAAACAGAGGAUGGAAUUCAGAGGAAAGGACAGAAUCAGCUACAAUUAUCUGAUAUACUAGAAUUAAGAGUGACUGAGAAAAAAGAAGGAAAGACACUGAGACGAGAGUACAACUAUGAACAAUUACAUGAUCUACAGUCAAGGCUGAUGUUAGUAGCUGGAAAAGCUGAGAUGGGAAAAGAUGAUGUUGACAGAUUUAUUUUGAUAUUAGAUUCAGUAGUCAGACUUUGUAAUGUUUACAUCAAGCUGUUGUCAUCAGGCUGUGUACUGUUUUCAAAGUUCAAGGUCAAAUUCAGAUGUGAUCCAGAAAGUGUUGCUUGUGCUUUUGUUAGUUUUGGUGAAGGAGAAAUCAAACGCACCAUCAGAGGAAAGAUAGAUGCUGUUAACCAAGACGUAAGCUUUUUCAUACCAAAAAUUGCAAAGUUUUUGGAGCAUUGCCAUGAAAGAUGGUUGGAAUUUAUUGACAAGAAAAGGGAGGACUUUUACAUUUUGAAUUACUUUAGUAUAGAGCAAAUGGUAAUCCUUCAACAGGAGCUUGUAAAAAUGGGCUUUGAAGGUCAACCAUCAAAUCAGAUUUAUCCUUUGCUGUCUAACAUAAAGCAUGAUUGCACAAGAGAGGACCUUGUUGGGGCAAUGGAGGAGGCAAGAGAUGAACUGGAACAAAUGGAUAUAGAUGAAGAUGAGGAGGUACAGGAAGAAGUUCCCAUGGAGGAGGAGAGCAUUGAGGCAGCCAAAGGGAAGUUUAUACUGCAGAUGGUGGAAGCUGGGUAUUCUGAAGGUCUGGCUAGGGAGGCACUGAAAAAUGUUAUCCCUGAUCAGAUUGAUGAAGGUAUAGCAUGGUGUAUAGAGCAUGAAGAGGAAGCCAUGGAUUUUGAGACAUCAGCAACAGAAGGGACAUCAGUACCAAACCCAGACAAAAGAUUUAGUGGCUGGAGCACCAGAGAUGAGUCCUUGGCUUCAGUUAGAGCAAAACUAUUGGAAAAUAUUGGUGUUGGCCCUACUCAAGGACUAGACAGUUCAGUAGAUGCAUUGAUAGAGAACCUAGAGAAGUUAUGGGAGAACUUUGUUGGCUCAAUAUCCUCAAGUGUUACAGACUAUCUCAGUGUAGAACAUCUAGCUCUUAUCUUAAGAAAACUUGCAGAUAAAGAAACCAUGUCAGUUGAAAGGUCCUUUGCAGUAUGCAGUUGUAAAGAAGGGGUUGCAAAUUUAAUUGUCUGUCCACAAAGUGAGAUGUACAACACUGUAUUAUGCCUGUAUAGUACAGAGGAUGAUUCUCUGUUACCACAGUCAGAUGAAGUCUUACUUUGUACACCUAAUACUACCCUUGAUUUGCUUGAAAUAUUCUGGAGAAGAUCGUUAUUUGGAGAUAGUGGUAAAAUCUAUUGCUUAGUUAAUGCAGAUUUACUAGAUUAUGAAGUGAGUGACAAAGGAGAAAAACUACUUGAGAAACACAUGAAAAGUGCACAAAAUAGAGAUAUACAGUUUAAGUUAGUGGUGGUCUGUAGUAGAGAGAAUGAAUAUAAAUCCAGAAUGGUAGCAGCGUUAGACAAAUAUCGUAGACCACAAAUGUCCUUUGGUGGAGAAAAACAUGUCAAGACUUAUCUGUCUGAAAGAUUUAUUGUAAAUAAACCAAUCAGUGGGGUAGAAACUGCUUCAUCUGUUGAUUUCAAUAGGUCUAGUGUUCGUGUUGUAAAAUCAUGGAGAGCUGGAGUGGGUAAAAGUUUGUUCAAGAUGAACAUGGUUAAUGCUUUGAUGGAGAAACAAGUAAAUGUGGAUGAGGAGAAUUGUAUUGUUGUAUCCAUACCAUUAUAUGACAGAGCUUUAGUUGUUGAUGAAGUGUUGAAGGUCUUACUAGAACACACCAAACCUCCACAUGUCAGAGUACCAAGGAUAUUCCAUUUUGAUAUUUCUCAUGAGGUACAAGAUGGUGUAGAUGCAUUCCUGUUUCAGUUGCUAGUAUUGGGAUGUCUGAGUCAUACUUCAGGAAACGUAUGGCGGAGAUCUGAUAUGGACUAUUAUAUCAUAGAGUCAAUGCCUUUACUAGCAAGGGAUUCAGAAACACAAGUGGGAAAAUUGAAAUGUAUGCAUCGUUGUUUAGACAUCCUUCCGGAUGUUUUAUGCAGAUCACCAAAAGAAAGUCUUGAUAUAUUUGACGAGAAUUUUCCUGAUGGUUACAGUGAAACUGAUUUGAUAUUUGACGAGUCUGAGUUUGCCAGUGAGACUUUCCAGAGACCAUAUCAAUAUCUUAGUCGCUUGGAUGGAGAUGAAGCUCUUAUUGACAUUAACCCUGAGGAACCAGAGGGAGACAGAGAAGACUGCUUGCAGAUAUUACUCAGACAUUGUGGUGUGAAGGAUCCGUCAUGGUCAGAAUUGUACCAUUUUGUCAGUUUUCUGAACAGACAGUUACAGGACUUUGAAACAUCAGCUUUCUGUAGUCCCAUUGUUCUACAAGAUCUGCCUGGAUUCCCUGCAUUUGUUUUAAAGUUUUUGAUACAAAUGUCUAGAGACUUUGCCACCAGAUCUCUACAGAUAAGUGAGGAGUCACCAAUUGACAUGUUGAAGCGUCAGUUACUGGAUGAGGAGGAGGAAGAAGAAGACAUUGAGGAGCUUUAUGAAAUGAGACGGAAAUGGGAAUCAAGUCCACAUCCAUACUUAUUUUUCAACCCAGAUCACCAUACUAUGACAUUUCUUGGAUUUAAUAUUGAAAAAGCAACAGGAAACCUUGUUGAUGAUCAAACUGGAGAAAGUUUGGAAGAUCAAAUUAUGGAUCCAACCCUAGACCAAAGACAACGAACCUUGUAUAAUGGAUUAAAUUCACAACCUGGUGUUAAUCUUUCAGAAAACUUUGAUAAGCUAUCAAGAGGUGAAAAGAUAGAAAAGUUAUGUCAAGUGAUGGGAAUAGAGUUCCCACAUGAUCCAGAUGAAACGUAUGAAUUAACAACAGACAAUGUUAAAAAGAUUUUGGCCAUCUACAUGAGAUUCAGAUGUGAUAUACCAGUGAUUAUCAUGGGAGAAACAGGAUGUGGAAAAACCAGACUGAUCAAAUUUAUGUGUGCUUUACAACACCUACCUGAUGAACCUGUGGAGAAUAUGAUUAUCAUGAAGGUACAUGGAGGGACAACAACAAAAGAUAUUAUAAAGAAAGUGAGGAAAGCAGAAGAAAUAGCAAUGGAAAAUGCAGAAGAUCAUCCCAAUAUGUUUACUGUCCUGUUCUUCGAUGAAGCCAACACUACCGAGGCUAUAGGUGUUAUCAAAGAGAUCAUGUGUGACAAAUCUCUUGGUGGAAAUCCAAUACAGAUACAUGAGAGACUAAAAAUCAUUGCUGCAUGUAAUCCAUACAGAAAACACAAAGAAGAAUUGAUUAAAAAAUUAGAACAGGCAGGACUUGGUUACCAUGUUGAUGCAGACAAAACAACUGAUAGGUUAGGUCGUGUACCAAUGAGACGAUUAGUAUAUAGAGUACAACCACUACCCCAGAGCAUGCUACCAUUAGUUUGGGAUUUUGGACAGUUGAAUGCUCAAGUGGAAGAAAUGUACAUCAAGCAGAUGGUUCUAAGAUAUGUAAACAAAGGCAAACUACCUCAGAUACCAGGUUUAGCAGCUGUCACUAGUAGAAUUCUAAGUGAAUGUCAAGAUUUUAUGAGAAUGCAGGAGGAUGAAUGUAGUUUUGUUAGUCUUAGAGACGUGGAGAGAGUUUUAGAAGUGAUGACAUGGUUUUACAGACAGACAGAAGAAGAAGGGAUAUUGUUUGAAGAAGAUGCUGAUCAUGAUGAGGAUUAUGAGAAAAUUGAGAUAACCAGGGCUCUCAUUUUAGCACUGGGUGUUUGUUACCAAGCUUGUUUACAAAAGAGACAGGAUUUUAGAGAUAUGAUAGCUGAUUAUUUUGAAGAACCUUAUCAACUUUUAGAUAUUGACCAACUUGAAACAGAGCUAAUAAGGUGCCAAGACAAGUUCUUAGAUAGUGUGAAGCUAGCAGACAAUAUAGCUAGGAACCAAGCUCUAAAAGAGAAUGUGUUUAUGAUGAUAGUAUGUAUAGAGCUUAGAAUUCCAUUGUUCUUAGUGGGAAAACCGGGAAGUUCUAAAUCUCUGGCAAAGACAAUUGUAGCAGAUGCUAUGCAGGGAGACACUGCUCGUAGUCAGUUGUUUAAAAAGUACAAACAGGUCCAAAUGGUAUCCUUUCAAUGUAGUCCUUUAUCUACACCUGAUGGUAUCUUAGGAACAUUUAGACAAUGUGCACAAUUCCAGAGAAAGAAAGAUUUGGACAGAUUUGUUUCUGUGGUAGUAUUGGAUGAAAUUGGAUUAGCUGAAGAUUCACCCAGAAUGCCUCUUAAGACUCUGCAUCCUUUGUUGGAAGAUGGAUGCUCUGGAGAUGAUGACCUUGAAGAAUCUGAAUUGAAACAGGUUGCUUUUAUUGGUAUAUCCAAUUGGGCAUUAGAUCCUGCUAAAAUGAAUAGAGGGAUAUUUGUACAAAGGGAAGUUCCAGAUGAGGGAGAACUAAUUAACAGUGCAAGAGGAAUUUGCACGACAUCAAAAGAUAAAGAAAGAAUUCUGAAAUUGAUUGAAAAUUUAAUUCCAUCCUUAUCAAAGGCAUAUUCUGAACUGUUCUCUGAGUUGGAAAAAUCUAAGCAGAGGGAGUUCUUUGGUCUAAGAGAUUUUUAUAGUUUGAUAAAGAUGGUAUAUGCCUUUGCUGCCAGAUCAGAGCACAAACCUACAUGGCUUCAGUUAAAACAUGCUAUCAUGAGAAACUUUGGAGGAUUGGAGAAUAUAAACUCUGUUGAAAUAUUCCGUCAAUGUUUAAUGGACACUACAGUUGUAAUGAAUGAUAGGGAUGGUGACCCAGAUUGUUCAUCUGGAGGAAUGAUCAAAGCCUGUUUGGAAGGUGACAGCACACUUAGUGAGACCAGAUAUCUGUUGCUGUUAACAGAAAAUUAUGGAGACUUAGCUAUUUUACAACAGAAAGUACUAAUGAUGCAUAGUGCCCAGGUGAUUUUUGGAAGUAGUUUCCCUAGUGACCAAGAAUACACACAGGUGUGUAGAAACAUCAAUCGCAUUAAAGUCUGCAUGGAAACAGGAAGUACUGUUAUAUUACUGAAUCUUGAAAACUUGUAUGAAAGUCUGUAUGAUGCAUUGAAUCAGUAUUAUGUGCAUUAUGGUGGGCAGAGAUAUGUGGACCUUGGACUUGGAAGUCACAGAGUCAAAUGUAAAGUCCAUGAAGAAUUUAGAUUGAUAGUUGUAGCAGAGAAAGAAAUAGUAUACAAGAAGUUCCCGAUCCCUCUGAUCAACCGUCUAGAGAAACAUGUGCUCUCCUUAAGUACAAUGUUGUCGGAGACACAACUGGAGUUGGCUAACAAGCUGGAAGACUGGGUCAAAGAUUUCUGCCAUGUGGAAGUGCCCUUUCAUUUAAUGCAGAGAGACAGGAGGAAAGAGAGAAGCAUUGGUGAAGUUUUUAUGGGUUACCAUGCAGACACAUGUGCAGCUAUUAUCAUGCAGUUGUUUGAAGACAGAAAAUGCCCUUAUGACGAGAUUGAACAAAGCAUAUGUCAAGAGAUUUUACAUGAUGCAAAGACCACACUCCUUUGGUGUGCAGCCCCAGAUGCUGUGAUGAGGUUAAAGUCCACUAAACUACGAGACAAGAAAGAGGACAUGAUGCAGAUUUACUUUAAACAUCAACAACAUAACAGCCUUCUACAGUACCUAUGUCACCAAGUCAUAGACGAGAAGAAAAUCAAUCUGUUUGCUCAGGUGACAACACAUUCCAAGUUACUGUCGACACCAGAUUUAGAAGAUUUAUGUCAAGUCUUACCUAUACAGAGACAGAACAUGACUUUACUGACUCUACAAUCAUUUGAUACUGAACAACAGUUUUGUAGGCAAAUAAGAUUUUCAUUAGAAAAGAAAAUGACCAGUGACAACUUACUUAUUGUCCAGUGUGACUGUGGUGACCAGAAUGCUGAUUUAGUAGCCUGUGCUAGAUAUAGUAUACAGGGGGAGCUACAACAGAUAUCUGAAAAACAUUCUGGAAAUAUUCAUGUUGUCCUGAUUAUACAACUACCAAGAGUAGCUGGAAGUAAUUUUACAGGUUUUCAGUGUGGUUUAUGGCAUUCCUUGCAUAUUGAUGAUUUACGACCUUCACCUGAUAAUAUGCCCUCUAUUGUUGAGAUGUACCAAAAACCAGUCAGUGCCUUCUUCGAUGCAUAUAAAGAAAAGAAGCCAGCUGAAGACAUGGAGGUUGAUGGAGAAAAAGAUGGAGAACCAGAUAUGGAUGUAGAUUCUCAACCAGAAACCUCACAAAGACAACAACAAAUAGACAUUCCAUCACUGAUUAUGAACUGUGUUCAUACAGCUCUCUCUAUGGUUAAAGAUCCAGAGAAAGAGUCACCAAGAACAACUGAAAGAAUUAAAAUGGUGCUUAAUUUGAUUCAAAACGGCCAUGAAGAGGAAGGAAAAACAUUCUUGAGUGGGAUAGCAGUCCAUUUACAAUGUUUACUAAAAGAGAAGGAAGAUCAGGAGAGUGAGCUACAUAAAGAAUGGUUGUCUACAGAGGCUUCAAACCCUGAUCAUAUCAACAGUGCUGGAACUUUUAGGAGAGCAGCCAUUCAAUGUUUAGAAGAGAAAUUAGCCAGUUUACUUGCUGGCAUUAUAGCUUUUAUAGACAAGAACUGCAAUAUGAAUAUUGUUAUCAGUGAGCAAGCUCAUCUUUGGCAGAGAUUUGUAUGGCUGGAAAUUCUAAACUGUCCACAAGUAACACAAGUACAUUACACACACUCAUUUUCACAUCCAAACCAAAUGAUGGGUGAAUAUGUUGUGCAGGGUACAGCAUAUGAAGGAGGAGGAUUCUUGGCUGGAAUGCCAUUCUCAUGGCUGAUUUAUGGUCAAAUUGAUGAAAUUAUGAAGACCACUUCAGAAGAACCAGGUAGUCAUGAAAACAAUGGCUUAAUUGAGCUGGUGAUGAAAACAGCCAGUAGAUUGGAAUCAACUCCACUGGGGAAAAUUCUGUCUCAGAUAGAAGGAACCAGUAUCCAAGGAGUCAUUUGUUGUUAUAUCAAAGAUUUUGUACACAUGGCCUAUCCUGUCCGAUCAGAAGCGGAACAAUUGAAUAUCUGUGAGAACAUUAUGGUUGGAUGUAGACAGAUCAUCCAAGGAGAAGUUGGACGUUUAUUUCCGGCCCUUGUUGGUUGCCAUGCGGCUUUUCACCACUACAGUGCUCGCUUUAGAAACUUCUCAGACAUCAUCAAUGUUUGGCCAGAAUGCUGUGAAAAAGUUUCAAAAUUUCAAGAACAUGCAGAACAAGAAAUGAUGUAUCUUGUUACUGUUGAUGAAAUUACAUUAGAUUUAAUGGGCUUGCAUCUACUUCUGAAAAAUCUUGAGCCCCCUUCAAAGGAUGCCUUAAACACACCAAGCUGUAGGAAACAGUGGAUUAGAGUUCUGUGUGAUUACAGGCCUGUAGUGGAGAGGAUAUUUGGAUUCUUCAGAGAAAAUGAACAGGGACAUGACUUCUCACCCAGAUGUACACAGGCUAUUCUGACAUCAAGAUAUCUUUGGACCAGAGCUAUAGUGCUGAAGUUAUUUAUAGAACAUGUUUGUACAGAUAAUUCUGAAGUAAAGAGAUGUAUGCCUCUCUGGGUUAUGUUGAAGACAAAAGCUGAUAUGAAAACAUUGGAAUCCCUUGAAAAGGUAGAGAGGUUCCUAAAGUCCUGCAUCAAAGAAGUUAGCUCCAAAAUUUUUGGCCAGCAGAAGUGUGCCCAUUGUGAGGAGCUAUACACAGGAACACAAGAGGCACAACCAAGUCCCCCAGUUACACUGCCAUGUAAUCAUACUAUAUGUAGGAGAUGCUUCAAUGAGACCAUAAUUUCCCCAGAUGUUAUAUGUCCAACUUGUGAUCAGCCUUUUCUGAAAGACUUUCAACCUGUAGAAGCUGACCAGAGUGAAAAUGUUCUAGCAUACCAGGAUUUCAGAAGACGAUGUAACAAUUUCUUUAUGGAAGUUAUUUCCCAGUUGUGCUUCGCCGAAGGAACUCCACCAUCUAAUGACAUAGUAAACAAACUACUGUCCUACAUUACUGUACAAACAAAGAAAGGUCAAGAGGUCACAAAGCAGCUGACAAUUUUCGAUGAUUGUAUCGAUUCUACUCCAGUUGUCCGAUCAUUUCUGUUACAACAUUUGAUGCAAACAAGUGGUCCAGAGGUUCACCAGCACUUGGAGAAUUAUUUCAGAAGAGCUUUAAGAUUGAUGGAUCCUACGACCAGUGAACAAUCUCACAGUCUGUGUCAUCUGGUUCUACAGUGCAUGGAAGAUUCUUAUCAUCAACAAUACUCGGAAGAAAACAAAGAACUAAUUCAAGCAGCAACAGAAAUGUUGAGGAAUUCAUGUAAAAAGAUACAAUUAGAUUCUAAUCAUCUGUUAGAAAACAUGGAACAUUUAUCUCAAACCAGAUUUUCUCUAUGUGUGGCAGCUAACUUAAUGUAUAAAUCAUUCAUAGAAAAGACUGUCAAAUUAAACACAAAGUUGAAACGACUUUUUGAGGCAGUUGGAAAAUUGUGUGAAGAAUGUGGAUCAAAUUGGCCUAGACGUUACUUUAUUAAGUACCUGUGUAGGUGUUACGGCACAGACUGUUACCAGACUAUACGUACAGAAAGUGAUAUGGCAAUGAAAAGAUGGAUAAACUUACCAGAACUUCAGGGCAAUAAGAAAGAAGAAUGCCAUGACAGAUUUAUAGUUUGUGGAGAAGGCUACACUCAAAUGAGAGAAACUUUUGUUCAGGCAGCAUUAAAUGAGGAUAAUAAGAAGAUUGUCAAUUUAUUACAGACUAAGAAGAACAAAUGGAAAACUGAAGUUAGAUUCCUGUUAGUUGUUUAUAGAGAAUUCACUAUGAACUUCUUGUAUGAGGAGGCACAACAGCAAUUCUCACAGAAAGUAAAGCAGUUUUUGAAGAGGACAUUAAUGAAUUGUAAUAAGAUACAAAACAAGGAACUCAUCAGAGAUCUUUUGACAAAUAGUGUAUGGAGACAUGAUGCUGACAAAAACAUCACUCCUGCCUUAGAUCUUGGACAGCAAGGUUUGUGCUGUCUGUUGCUGCAUUGCAUGGUUCUGUUCAGAGGGAUACAUGAAAAGCAAACGUGGUUAUCUCCCCUAGUGAACAUUGCCAACAACCCAGAACUCAUGAUGGAAUCUUAUUUUCCCACAAUGCCUCAGGAUGAUUUGGAUCUGAUUAAGGAAGCACUGUUGGCAUCAAGACCAGCUGAUGGUAGUGAGAAUCCAGUGUUUCACAGAUGUCCCAAUGGUCAUCUGUAUCUCAUUGGAGAUUGUGGAAGGCCUACUAUUGUAGCAAGAUGUAAAGCACAGAACUGUGGACUUGAAAUUGGAGGGCAAUCACAUGUGCUCAAAGCUGGAAAUAUCAAGGACCAAGGAGUUGACACUACAGAUACUGGACACAUUUUAGGGAGGGCUAAAUAUAGAAAUUUAGCUCCAUUUCCAGAAAGAAGUCUGAAGCCUGUAAAUUGUGCAGUUAUGAAGUUACUACUGCAUAUGGCAAUGUAUAUUGGUGCAAAUGACAAUGCACAGGCCAUCUGUAGAUCCAUUAAGCCAGAUAUAGAGGAGAAUGAUGUACCUUCAUAUCUACUGAGUCAUAUACAGAAAGAUCUGAGGUCGAUAUCUACAGUUCUUGGGAAGAGUGUAGAGAAUGUACUCAUUCUGAUACACUAUCUGUUAGCAGAAAUAAUGAACAGUCGUACACAAGCUAGAAUUGGUGAGAGAGCAGAAGAUGAUAUUUGUUUACUAAAGGAUAAAAGAUCAAGAGAGACAUGGGAAGACAACUUUAAUAAAAGAUACAUUGUGCCUGUCCUUGAGAAGAGUGAAGAGAUAUUGAACACUGUUAAUAACAGAAUAGUCAAUGAUAAAAGACUAGGAUCAGAUCCAUUGCUACAAUUGUUAUAUGAAACUGAUAAACCAGCAGAAAUCCUUGGAACUGAAUACUUGUCAGAAAAUCCUUCUGUGUGGCAGUUUAGAGAGAGAAUAUCAGUUGACCAUUUAAUGCAGACAUUUAUCAAGUCACAACAAAAUUGUCCAGUCCUUCAACAGUUCUUAGAUGAGGAGCACUUCCUUAGAGCUUUAAGAUUUGUACCAGGUAUUAUUAGACUACAGAAAAUGUUGAUACAGAAAUACAACAGACGAUUAGAUAGAACAGAGGCAUUAGGUCUGACAAUGGAUAAAAUUCUUAUGGAGUUUCAGGAUACAAGAUCAUCUGAAAUUCAGUCUUGUUGGAAUGAUUUUAAACAAGCUUGGGAGAAUAUCCACCAGUCGUUGGAAGGAUAUGGAUUCGCUGUGAAUGGUAACUAUGUACACCUGUCUAAAGAGAAUUGUCGUAGAAGAAUGGAUGAGAGAACAUCAAUAGGUUGUGUUUUACCAUCAGAGAGGGACACUGGACUAUGUUCUUACGCCCUGCUGUUCUUCUUAUUGGAGAAGCAGAACUUGUUCUUACAGAAAUACUGUCAGCAGAGUAAAAUUAAAUAUGACAGUCUCCCAAAGGUCAAUGUAAAAGACCUGUCAGCAGCCCACUUGAUCAGUUAUCAUCCAGACAGAGAUCUACUUCCAAUGGUGUUAGCUAAUUGUGACUAUUCUUUUGAAGUGGGGCAGGGCACCAAAGUGGAAUACAACUUUACUAAUCUAGAGAGACAGUUGAUGGACAGAUUUCUAUUUACAAAGUCUGUUGUCCUACUUAAAGAGAUUGAUACAGUAGUAUACAGAUCAGAAACAACCAAUGCUGUAGUAUUUAUACAACUCAGAGACAAAAUAAAACAGGAAAAAAUCAGUGCCCCUGUACUUAGCCAGAUUCAGAAAGACUUGAAUCAAAAGCCUUUUCCAGAAUUAUGUGAUACUAUGGACAAACUGGACAUAGCUAUUAGUUUUCUAAAGUCAGUUGGUUCUGACCCUGAGAGUUCAUUAAGUGACUUUAUGGUCAACAUACUGAAGAUUGAUGACUCCUUGGUUAGUCAGAAGGCACAACAUUCCUGUAAAUGUAAACACAUACAAAGUUUGUGGAUCACUUUGGCACUGGAGAAAACAAAACUUCUUGAAAACAAUAACAAGGAGUCAUUUGAUAAUAUUUCCUCAGCUUUCAAACAAAAACUUUCUGAUGGACAAAGUGAUGCUUUGUAUGAAAACUUGAACAACUUACAGGUAGAACAACUAGAUUAUCUGUCACAGAUGAUCUUUGAUUGUCUUCUGCUAACUAUAAAUAUUCCUCAGAAAGAUGAAGAGUCUGUUGAUAUGUCCAAAGUUGGAUUGAAAGAAGCAAUUGAAUCUUAUCUGUACGAUCCCCCAUAUGUAAAUGAGGUUCUGACACCAGACUGGCUUCAAAGAUUUGUUAAUGCUUUACCCAAGGAUGGAGAUGCCCGUCUGCUUUGCUGUCAUGGGGUAGAAAUAUGGGUUGUUAUUAAUGAAAUAUUCAUGGACAAAAAGGCCCAGAUGAUAUAAAAACAUGUUAAAAAGGCCUACAGGUUUUUGUGACUGUGUAUCAUCUUUCUUUUAUAUGUUUGAUAAUUCCAAAAAAUUAAUUGACUAUUGAGUAUUUCAGAAACGAUUUAUCUCCAUAUAUAGAUAACUGAAAUAUUGUUAAGACCAUGGUAUUAUUGGGUUGUAAGAUUAUUAUUUUUUUUAAGAGUGAACAACCCUCUCUGAAUUUCUAUUAUGAGCUUGCCAUUAAAAUUGGUAGCAACAUGAGUGUUUGUUUAUUUGUUUGUUAUGGGAAACUGUGAUAUUUUGUCUUUGUAAUUUGUUUUACUUUUAUUAGAUUUUUUAUGCAAUAAGAUUUAUUGUAGCAUAUGUUCUUCACAUUACUUUAUGAUAUAAAUACUUCGUUUUUGCAAUCAUUUUGUUAUUGUUUCAUUUGCCUUUGUUAUUUAU